AUGGGACGGGUCUUUGAGGAGUUUGUCGACAGCUCCUGCGUCUUCCGCUGUGCCGAGUGUAACGCGCAUUUGGCUCGCUACGAGGAUAUCAUCUCCAAGAAAUUCCAAGGCACAAGCGGCAGAGCCUAUCUCUUUGACGCAGCAGUCAAUGUCAGUACAGGUCCACCUGAAGAGCGAAUGCUCAUGACGGGGCUACACGUCGUGCUGGACCUCUAUUGCAACACGUGCUGGGGUGUUGUGGGCUGGAAAUACAAAGAAGCACACAACGCAUCGGAAAAGUACAAGGAAGGUAAGUUCAUUCUCGAGUUAGCCAAGACGGACCAGAAGCCCUGA